CUGAAGACCAAGUCUGGAGGGCUGGCUGCCUGAUAGCAAACGCAGGCAGAGACACAAGGAGUGCAAGGCAAAGCGCCCUGUGGACCCCAGUGGGCUCGGAAAGCCUGAGGGAGCAGCAGGUGUGUGCCCGGUGGGGUUCAGAUCACCCUGGCCUUUUCCUUCCCACGGAGGAUCCCCAGCUCCUCUGCCAGCAGGUAGCUAACCCUUGCUGGUGCCAUCUGAAGGUUAAGAGCAGGAAACCCACUCUGAGCCUGUGUGGACGGGAUGGUGGCAUGGAGUCCUCUGCCCAGCUGGGUUAAACACCAAAACCAGGUUUAUCAGCCGGCCAGCCAGGAACAUGCCAGGAAUGUGGGCCCGCCCUGAGGGCAGAGGACCCUACCUAACUGGGCUUUGUUGGAGGGAGGAGGCAUCUCUUCCUGAACGGCUUAUCACACAGAUGGGGAAACUGAGGCAUUUCCCACUCAUCCCUGCUCCCUGGCUUCCUGGGAUAAGGACUGGACAAUGGAGAUGUACUUCAGAGGACAGAUCAGUGUAGGGCAGCUCCAGUUCAGAGCUGUCCUUCCCAGGCUAGUAGUCCCCAGUGCUCCUGUCUCUCCUCUCCCGUCUGUAUUCACCUCGCUGGCCCCAUCACAAUCACACUGAGGCUUCUGCUGUGAGUCAGCUUCCUAUACUCACUGCCAGUCCUGAGACUCAGGCUCCCUGUGGUCACUGUUAAGCACGGACACCCUGCUCUUAUACAGACAAACUGGCUCUGCCCUGACAACCUAUCUGCUGCCUAGGUGGCUCUGUGGGGCGGGCCCACUGACUGUGGAGGGUGGAGCAUCCAGGGAGACUUAAAGAGCUCCCAAGGCACACCCCUGUGUGUGCCCUGAGCUGCUGCCGGAUGCCUCAACUCCUACCAUGGCCGAAACCACCAAGCUCCAGCUGUUUGUGAAGGCCAGCGAAGACGGCGAGAGUGUGGGACACUGCCCUUCUUGUCAACGGCUCUUCAUGGUCCUACUCCUCAAGGGUGUGCCCUUCACCCUCACCACAGUGGACACACGAAGGGCACUGGAUGUGCUGAAGGACUUUGCGCCAGGCUCGCAGCUGCCCAUCUUGCUCUAUGAUGGGGAUGUCAAGACGGACACGCUGCAGAUUGAGGAGUUUCUGGAGGCGACGCUGAGGCCACCUGACUUCCCUAGCCUGGCACCUAGGUACCGGGGGUCCAACACGGCAGGAAAUGACAUCUUCCACAAGUUUUCUGCCUUCAUCAAGAACCCAGUGCCUACACAGGACAAUGCCCUGUGUCAGCAGCUGCUCCGGGCCCUGACCAAGCUGGACGCCUACCUGCGCACCCCACUAGACCAUGAACUGGCACAGGAGCCACAGCUUCGUGAGUCCCGGCGCCGAUUCCUGGAUGGUGACCAAUUCACACUGGCUGACUGCAGCCUGCUGCCCAAGCUGCACAUUGUGGAUACCGUGUGUGCACACUUCCGCCAGAUGCCCAUCCCCGAGGACCUGGGUGCUGUCCGCCGCUACCUGGACAGCGCGCUGCAGGAGAAGGAGUUCAAGUACACGUGUCCCCACAGUGCAGAGAUCUUGGCAGCUUACCGGCCCGCUGUGCAUCCCCGUUAGCCCCCCAACUCCAUACACUCCUCUGCGGCCUAUAAAGGCAUCUGUGCCCCCAAGUAAGCGUGUC